GAGGAGGAGGAGGAGGGCGGGAAGAUGGCGGCGGGCACCGCGCCCGCGCAGCGCUGGAGCGACGAGGAGCUGAGGAGCGAAACGCUGCCCAAGAAGGACAUCAUCAAGUUCCUGCAGGAGCACGCGGCGCAGCAGUUCCUGGCCGAGCACCGGCUGCUGGGGCAGGUGAAGAACGUGGCCAAGACGGCCACCAAGGAGCAGCUGAUCGCGGCCUACACGCGGCUGUUCCACACGCAGCAAUUCAAGGGCACGGACGGAACCGAGCGGGCGGAGAAGGAGAAACCCGGGAAGGCGGAGGGAGAGAAGGGGAAAGAGAAGGAGAAGGAGAAGGCGGCCAAGAACGAGGAGAACGCGGAGGAGGGGCCGCCAAAAUACACCAAAUCCAUCCUGAAAAAGGGCGACAAAACCAACUUCCCCAAGAAAGGAGACACGGUGCAUUGCUGGUACACCGGGAAACUGCAGGACGGAACCGUGUUCGACACCAACGUCCAGACCAGCUCCAAGAAGAAGAAAGCAGCCAAGCCUUUAAGUUUCAAAGUUGGCAUCGGGAAAGUCAUCAGAGGUUGGGAUGAAGCUCUGUUAACCAUGAGCAAAGGAGAGAAGGCUCAGCUGGAAAUCGAACCUGAGUGGGCGUAUGGCAAGAAAGGGCAGCCGGACGCCAAGAUUCCACCAAAUGCAAAGCUUUUCUUUGAGGUGGAGCUGGUGGACAUUGAGUGAAAUGAAGGCUUUUCUUUGCUGCUGGGAUCGCUUUGGAGCAAGGAAGCUUCUGCAGCUGCAGUUUUGCUCUGGGAACUUCAGGAUGUAACCACAACUGAGGCCUUGUACUGACAUCACAUCUGCUCCCCAUCUGCUGUACAGAAACGUACCACUAAAGAAAACAGUUUAUACGUGCAA